AUGUGCUGGCGGAUGGCAGCUGCGCUCCCUGCACGGAACACCACAUCAGCAAUAUCUGAAUAUUCGGCGCAACUCUUGGCAUAUCCGUUUUUCUUUGGGCUGACUUUGCUGUGCUACCAACUUUGUCAACUCCUUCGGGUUCCGAUGAAGCUCCGCUUCUCGGGCUUCUUGGGCCUCCAUGGGAUGCUCAUGAUGUCAUUGGUCACAGACAUUGGUGCUGCUUUGCGGAGCGGGGAUUCUAACGUAUCCUGUGCUGACAAUCUCUGGGAUUGCCUUUUGCACCUGGAAAUACCCUCGGUGCUGCUCUUCGACAUUGUGUGGGCAAACAUGGGCUAUGUUCUUGCACUGGAGUACGGCACCAACAACUUGCUGGCACUGAAGGAGGGCAAUUUCGAACCUCGCUUGCACAGCCUUAUCCUAUGGGGCCUGGCUCGACUUUGUGAGCUCUCCAUCCUGCACCGUGCUGCUGGGCCUCUAUGGAAACUCAUGGAAGGUUAUUACUAUGGCCUUUCACUGGCCGUGACGAACUUAUCGGUGGCCUUAGUGCCCAUUGCCAUGGUCAGUUUUCCAGUCAUGCAGCUGACGCUGAUGUGCGCUGAUCGACUUGAAGAGGUCACAAGUUUGGUGGACAUCAUUCGAUAUCAGACCAAAUGCUUCGUGCCUGUGAUUUCUCAGGAGUAUUUCCAGAGGCCGUGGUGUGUAGCUGAGCUUGCGACAGCCUUCCUGCACAAUGUUCCACUUGUACCUCUUCUAAUCGACGGAUUUGCUUUCAGUGAGGAUGGGCUGCAGACGUGCGAGCAAGUUUGCUCUUCGUUUCAAGGGGAUUUCUUCGAACACCUCCAAGUCUCCUCCGAGACUUUACGAGCUGCCUACGAACACAUCAGCGGGAUGAAGAGUGAGACGAAAGUCUCGUGGAACAUCCUCAACCGGAACGACAGUGUGAAGACCCAAGAACUUGCGAUGUUGAAUUUGGCCGAGACUGUGCAGAGCAUCUCUAGAAAAAGGGCAAGUUCAAACGUGCCGCCCGCGCCCUACAUGCUCAUCUCCACAGCGAGCAAGGCGCGAAUCUUUGUGUGCGCCAGUGAGGAGCCCGAAGCGCACUCGACGGCAUCUCGACGUUUUAACUUUUUGACAAAUGAAACGAACUGA